UCUAGAUAAUUUAUGGCUCCAACCCCCAUUUGCCACAGUAACUAUUUUACUGAGUAAGAUAGCAAGCACAUGACAAAAUCACACAGCUUAAUGAUUUAAUGAAAGAAAACACUUAUUGAUUAUAUUGAUAUUUAAAUCAUACUUUUAUCUGAAAAAUAUUCCCACAGUAUGCAAAUGUUAUUUUCCGGUGAUUAGAGUUUUAGCAUGAUAAUGUGAAGCCUUUAGCCUUUCCAACAGCUGCUGUGUGAUGUUUUCCGUCUCUUUACUGCCUCAGCGGCAGCGCAUUAAGAAAAUGUGAAAUAAGAUGUUGCUUUGAUGGAGUGGUGAACAUCAGUCGACAGUUUUAGAAAUGAAAUGUCUGACAGCUCUGCAUGAUGCGUUAAUCUGUAUCUUUCUCAAAAGAGAAACGCUUCUUAUUUAACUGACCUCAAAUGAAGCCUGAAGAUCACACGAGACAUUAGAUUAUUCUCUAUUGUGUAAAUCAGCAGCCAAAUUCAUAUAAAUAAGCAAACAGUACAUAAAGUAAACAAAUAACUGUGGGCUGAUCUGACCUCAAUGUCCCGAGAUACAAGGAACGGUCACACUAUGAAAAAAAUGAUGUGAUGGUCAUCUCCAAAAUUGACAUUUGUAUGAAUUGAAAACAGUGUGCAGACUGCAUCUUUAGUCUGUUUAUGUAUUAGCAUUUAUAGAUAUCAUUAAAAUCAACAUCAUUUACCUCCAUAACGUGAGAAGAUACAGUAUGUAGGUCAUGUCUUGAUUUAAUGCAUGAAGACACACAGACAUGAAUCAUUCACAAAUAAGAGCUGAAACGCACAUUAAGUGAGUAAAUAAUAAAUCUGAAUUGUCUAUGUCUACUUCAGAACAUCUUUCAAAAAACGUGGGACAGUAUUUUCUUCAUGUUGACUCGGGAGUAAACAGAAACAAAGUUUAAAAUGUUAAACUAGGAAUCUCUCAUCGCAUCGUUGUGACAUCUUCAGCGAUGAUGACAUGCUGGUAGAUCGCCGUCUUCCUCUUCCGUGAAAGGUCAAACUGGGAUACGAGUCGGGAUUUGCCAGCUUCCCAGGGCCAAGCUGAAAUGUCACACUGGGUUUUUAAAGCCCACUGUAAAUGUGUACAGACAUGCUCAGUGAUGCACGCCGGGACUGCGGAUCAGAGCAUGUGAGAUUUCAGGAUAACCUGCGCGGUUUAUCUGGGUCCUUACAGGAAUAAUCCCGGUUAAACACUAAUCUCAUGCUAACAUGUGUAACGUUUAAGUGUUGAAACUAUAUUCUGUUUGAUUGAUAUUGAGUUGAUUAAUAAUAUAGUUUUGUAAAUUGAGUGCCUUUACAAGUAGCUUUUUAAGAAAGAAAAACAAUAUUUGACAAUACAACACAAAAGGAAUAAAAACAGAAAUCGCUGAGUAAAAGCUCUUCGAAAGAAAAAUGUUAGGGUCGAUUUAAAGGAAAAUGACUUUAUAAUGUCUUUGGGUGACAUCAGCGAAUCGCUCAGGUUUUAGGGCAUGACAGCAAAUGGCCCCACAUUUCAAACUUUCUCGUUUUUAUAUGAACACAGGCAUAUUUUAUCAGAUCAUAUCAAUAUACUGUAUAUCUCGUGGUCAGCAGAUGAAAUUAACCAAAUCUGUGUGUCUGCAGAGAAUCUGUAAAGAAUUGUGUAGCAGUUUGAAGAGUUCCACAUAACACACUUAUGUAAGAUCUGUGUCAGAAUAGCCUGAAAAACGGCACCAGUGUGCGUGUGUGUGUGUGCGUGUGUGUGCAUGCGUGCGUGCGUGUGUGUGUGCGCGUGUCUGCGUGUGUGUGUGUGUGUGUGUGUGUGUGUGUGUGUGUGUGUGUGUGUGUGUGUGUGUGUGUGUGUGUGUGUGUGUGUGUGUGUGUGUGUGUGUGUGUGUGUGUGUGUGUGUGUUGAGACCAGCAUGUGUGUGUGUGUGUGUUUGUUGGCAUCAGUGUGCUCGGGGUUUGGCAUGUGAGUACUCUUGCUGAAACAGCUAAAUGGAUGAAUCAUUGUGCACUUGGGAAUGUUUGUAUUUGUGGCAGAGAGAGAAUAGGAGGAUGUGUCAUGGGAUUAAUCUCACAAAAACAUGUCCAGGUCACAUUUUAUCCUGAUUACAAAAGAAAAUACUGUAGAUGAAUUAAAAUUUGCAUAUGUAAACUGAGCCUUUUUAAAAGACCAAUCAUAUUUUUUGCAUUGUGACAUUUUUUUAUUAUUCUCAUUGUAGUUGUCAUUGCUGUAGUAGGCUACAGAUGUUUUGUCAUAAUGUUUACAGUUACAGUGUCUCUCAACAGUGAUGAUGGGCUGAAGGUAUUUUCUGAUUAAUUUCUUAAAUAUUCAGUCCGGUCACUGAGAAGCAGAUUGACUUUUAAUUAAAAAUACAAAAUACAUACUUAAGUCACAAAAAAUUAUUGAGUUUCACAUUUUUAAUGGUCCUAAAUUUUCUUCUUUUCUCUCUCUCACCCAAACACUUUACAGCCAAUGCUAAACAAGAGUUUACACUGCAGUGCCAAACCCCCUGAAACUAAAGAAUUAAACCAUAUAGUGACUUUGUGUUGUGUAAAUACAGAUAUAUUGUACCACAAAUAAUGUUGAACUGUCUGUUGUUGUUAUGAGUUAUGAGUCAUACUUUGCAACUAGAUUUAGAUGUCCUGAGAGUCUGUAUGUGUUUCCAUUCAAUUGAAUUUCUCGGUUCGAACUCUUCGUGUCUCAUUAUACGGUCACAUAAGCUGUAAACUGAAUGUGCACUCUGUCCUCCCACUCCUGUGAUCAUCAAAUCCUCUGUUUUAUUCCUCCUUUAUUGUGUUUUUAAAGUCUGCAUCCCUCAGCCAGUUCUGGUGUCUUCUCUAUUCAUUUUAUUACGGCUCAGAUUAUGACUCAGACUGCUAUAUCGGGUUCUUCCGCUCUCCACGAUUGACGGGUGUGCAGUCACACGGGUGACGUUGUGCUGGGGGAAAGCGAGAGAAUAAAGAGGGAUGGCCAGAGAAAGAGAGCGAGAGAAUGAUGCUUUGUUAAUGAGAGAAGAGACGAGGUAACCCGCUAACCUCACUGCAGCCCAUCACUGCGUGAAACAUACAAACAAAGACACUCUGUCUUACUGUAUUAGUAUUCUGAGAGAGAGACGUUGACACUGUUUUAGGCAGUGUUACGCUUUGAUGGAUGUACAGUAGAGACUAUGGGUCUUCCUCACCUCGUGCGUUUCUUCAUCUCUCCUCCUCUGAACUCUUAAAGACUCUGAGGAGUGAGAUCAUGGCUCUCUUCUCCUCUCGACGCUCUCCUGUCCUCCUCCUGUCCCUGUGUGUCGUCCUUUCUCUUCCUCCAGCCUGUGUUCCUGAAUCCCAGCGGGAGGAUUCGUCUCUCCAGCCUUCCAUCUCUCCGGAGCUUCCUUCAGAACUCUACAGUAACCUGACGGAUGUCGACGAGGGAUCCAAUGGGAAGUGCAGCAGUCCGGUCGAGUGUGCACCUGGAAUCAUUCUGCCUGUUUGGAAACCUGUGAAUCCUGGUCUGGGAGAACAGAUCGCCCGGGCCAUCAUCUACUUUGUCUUUCUCAUGUACAUGUUUCUGGGCGUGUCCAUCAUCGCGGAUCGAUUCAUGGCUUCUAUAGAGGUGAUCACCUCACAGGAGAAGGAGGUGACCAUCACGAUGCCCAACGGAGAGACAUCUGUGGCCACGGUAAGAAUCUGGAAUGAAACCGUGUCCAAUUUGACCCUGAUGGCACUCGGCUCAUCCGCUCCUGAAAUUCUCCUGUCCGUCAUCGAGGUGUGUGGUCAUGGUUUCUUGGCCGGUGAUCUGGGUCCGGGCACUAUCGUGGGCAGCGCUGCUUUUAAUAUGUUUGUGAUCAUCGCGAUCUGUGUGUGGGUGAUACCUGACGGUGAGGUGAGGAAGAUCAAACAUCUGAGAGUGUUCUUCAUCACGGCCUUCUGGAGUAUCUUUGCUUACAUCUGGCUUUACCUGAUCCUCUCCAUCAUCUCACCUGGAGUCGUGGAGGUUUGGGAAGCUCUGGUCACUCUCUGUUAUUUUCCCGUUUGCGUGAUCUUGGCCUGGAUCGCCGAUCGUCGCCUCCUCUUCUACAAGUACAUGUCCAAACGUUACCGUGCCGACAAAAGAACAGGGGUCGUCGUGGAGACGGAGGGAGAGAUGACGCCCAAAGGUGUGGAGAUGAUAAUGGAUGGCAAGUUUCCACUGAGGGCCGGAGCCAUAGGGGUCGAAAAUUGCCAGGAUGGUAACACGGCGGGUGCCAUGGCAACCAUUCCCAACUCCAACAGCACCACUGUUCACAUGGAGGGUGCCAGAGACCUGGAUGAGAGUCGCAAAGAAGUGAUCCGUAUCCUGAAGGAUCUGAAGCAAAAGUAUCCAGAAAAGGAAUUGGAUCAGCUGGUUGAGUUGGCUAACUACUACGCCCUCCUCCACCAGCAGAAGAGUCGAGCUUUCUACCGCGUCCAGGCCACACGUAUGAUGAUCGGUGCGGGUAACGUGCUGAAGAAACACGCGGCAGAUCACGCUCGACGUGCGGCGGCACCGGGCGCCGAUGAGGGCAUAGAAGAAGAGGAUCUGACUACCUGCAGUCGCAUUUCCUUCGAGAGCACUCACAGUCAGUGCAUGGAGAACUGCGGCAGCAUCUCCAUCGGCGUGGUGUGUCGGGGGGGUCUGGGCGAGAGCACUUUUUAUGUCGACUACUGUACGGAAGACGGCACGGCAAAUGCAGGCUCUGAUUAUAAAUACUGCGAGGGAACGCUGGUGUUUAAACCUGGAGAAACCAGGAAAGAAAUAAAGGUGGGCAUCAUCGACGACGACAUCUUCGAAGAGGAUGAACAUUUCUUUGUGCGUUUGCUAAAUCUGCGCGUCGGUGACGCCGAGGGCAUGUUUGAGAGCGAUGACGCUGAUCAGGGACCCAAAGCUCGGCUGGUGGAACCGCUGAUGGCCACCGUCACCAUCCUAGAUGACGAUCACGCUGGAAUCUUCACGUUCACCGACCGUCUGACGCGAACGAGCGAGAGCGUGGGCACCAUGGAGGUGACGGUGGUCCGGAACUCCGGCGCCCGUGGGACCGUGAUCGUCCCAUACCACACAGAACCGGGGACGGCCCAGGGAGGCGGGGUCGACUAUGAGGACACGCACGGGGAGCUGGAGUUCACCAAUGACCAGACGACUCAGACUAUCCAGGUGAGGAUCAUCGAUGAUGAGGAGUACGAGAAACAUGAGAAUUUCUUCAUCGUACUUGAGGAGCCUCGCUGGUUGAAGAGAGGAAUAUCAGCCCUGCUGCUGAAUCAAGAUGAUCCAGAGGGGGAGCUGAGCGCUGAGGAGGAGGAGGCCAGGAGGAUAGCGGAGAUGGGGAAACCCAUUCUGGGUGAACACAGUCAACUGGAGGUGGUGAUUGAGGAAUCCUAUGAAUUCAAGAGCACCGUGGAUAAACUGAUCAAGAAGACGAACCUGGCGCUGGUGAUCGGCACUCAUUCAUGGAGAGAACAGUUUGUGGAGGCUGUGACCGUCAGCGCAGGUGAUGGGGAUGAAGAUGAAGAGGAGGGCAGAGCGGAGCGUCUCCCGUCCUGCUCCGAUUACGUCAUGCACUUCCUGACGGUGUUCUGGAAGGUUCUGUUCGCCUUCGUCCCGCCCACAGAAUAUUGGAACGGCUGGGCCUGUUUCGUGGUGUCCAUUACUGUAAUAGGCCUACUGACAGCCGUCAUUGGAGAUCUGGCAUCACACUUCGGCUGCACCGUUGGGCUUCGAGACACGGUCACGGCGGUGGUGUUCGUAGCUCUCGGCACUUCGAUUCCAGACACGUUUGCAAGUAAAGUCGCCGCGACUCAGGAUCAGUACGCAGACGCCUCAGUGGGAAACGUCACGGGCAGCAACGCAGUAAACGUAUUCCUGGGCAUCGGGGUGGCAUGGUCUGUGGCGGCCGUGUAUUGGGCCGUCCAGGGCAAGAAGUUUUACGUGGAUCCCGGGUCACUGGCCUUCUCCGUCACAGUCUUCACUAUCUUUGCCUUCAUCUGUAUGGGGGUGCUGUUGUUCCGGCGCAGACCGUCGAUCGGAGGAGAGCUCGGCGGCCCGCGGGUCCCUCGUCUCGUCACUAUGCUUCUCUUUCUGGGUCUGUGGUUCCUGUACAUCCUCUUCUCCAGCCUGGAGGCUUACUGUCACAUCAAGGGUUUCUGAACGAGACGAGAUAGGCCAGAAACAAGCAACACAACUGCAGUAAACACCCGUUAUAAACAGACAAUGAUAUUCAUGAACAAAACGAGGGGGGAAGCCAAUGUCAUACACUAAACGCGAGAAAAAACUACACACAGACCUACAACACAUACAGCUGAUGUGAAGCGCUGAGUGCACUUAAACAGAUCGUGAGGGAGAAUCUGAGAAAAAAGAAAUGAGAUGAGAGAUGAUGAGGUGCGAUGAAAGAAAUAUUUAUAAAUGAAAAAGCAAAGCAUGUAGGGAAGAAAGACAAACAGUGGUGUGAGGAAGAAGGAAGAACGCUGUAAAAUAUUCACAUUUCAAUCUCUACCAGCUCAAGGACAGAAUAGACAGCUUGUGUUUCUUAUAGACAUGUGACUUGACAGACCUUUCUUUCUAGAGUAAAAGAUGAAAGUUUUCUUCAGAUGUGAGGAACUUCGAUGAUGUUUUUUAGUUUUAGGCAGAAUGUCUUUUCCGGGCUUUGUACAUCACAGACUCUGAAGUUGUCAGAGAUGUUGUGGUACUUCUGAUCAGGCUGGAUGUACACUGUGCAGUUUUUCGGUCUCAUGUGAUUGUGAGAUUUUAAAAAGCGAAUGCGGACUGUGUCAGACUGUACAGUAUAGAUUUAGACUAACUUUGGUCAUGUUCUGACAGCCUCAUUGAGACAUGAAAUGAAAACGGUAACGCACGAUCCCCUCUAAAAAAGCAACAACUCCUGCAUGAGAAAAUAAAAAGGAAAUGUGGACGGCUCCUUUUCUGUCAUUUUCUUGAUGGAAUCAAAAUGAAUAUCGUCACUGCCAGAAACAUCUGUCAGAAGCUGAUGAUUUGAUGGACUCAUGAUGUUUCGGAGGACAGAAACUGCACAGUGUUCACCUGGUUUAAGACGGUGAAGGUGCUUGAGGCGACGCUGCAGGAGAAGACCUGUCUGUCGGAGACACAGCAGUCUUCUCGUCUCCAGAUGUGACACAAAUUCAACACAGUUUUCACAUGAAACACAACAUCUUUAACGACAUAGAAUGGAAAUUUCUUUGACAUCACAACGCUGACUUUGGUCUCCUGAAACGCAACACAGUUGUUCAAUUCGUCCUGUAGCUCAAUGAAAAUAAAACUUUUCUCCAUGUCUGAAGAGGAUCUUCAUAUCAUCUCUGAGAUCGGACGUUGGUCGAGUGUUUUGCAUGCUCUGCAGUGACUCAGUUUUUCUGUUUCAAGUAUGAUAUCACAACUGUGUUACUUCUGCUUUGGAGCUAAAAGAAUAGCAUCUGCUGAAUGAGCUCUAACCCCCUUCAAACUAACAAAAACUUGUCUUGAUCUGUUUCACUUGAUCCGGGUAAUUGAGACGAAAAAUAAUUUUAGUAUCAAAUUUAUUACAGUUAAAAAAUUAGAGUGAGUUUAUGUUUUUUUAUUCAGUGGCUCUUUUAUUACACAACACUAAAGAAUAAAGAAGGUGAAUCUUAUGAAACCACGCCAGAAUCACAAUGAAAUGAAAACAUAAAUAUUGUAAAAAGUAAAUAAAGCCUGUUUUACGACCCCUAACAUUGUGGCGUUGAUUUCAUGCCAAACUACACCCAAACGCUAUCCAAUUUGUUUUACUGUAACUGUAAAUCUUGCCAUGAUGUGUACGUUGUUUACUAUUUAAAAAACGAAAUGAGAUUUUGUUUUGCAAUUUUUCAAUGAUAGUCAUGUGGUGGAGUUUUUGUCCUGAAAUUUCACAAUGCGGUAUCACAGGGCCUAAAAACAGGCUUUAAUUUCUCUAAAUGUUAUUUUCUUGUGAAUUGGAUUUGAAAUAUAAAUCAGAUCUGUUCUCUCUCCUUCAGAAAGGUCACUGGUUACUGUAAAGUUUCUCUUCAGAUUUGUAAACCUAUCUUGGGCUUCUUGUUCUACAACAAUUUAACGAAUAAACGAGCUAGAAGAUAAUUAGGUCUAGCUAUUCCAUUUGAAAUCUGAUUGGUCGUGUCUGAAUCUGAAAGCGUGCCGGUUGACUCCCUGUGAGAUUUUGACUCCCCUAUUUCUGUUUGGUUCAUUCGCUUAGUAUGCUGCUCUGUGAUUGGUCCCUAUCUCUAAAGCCCGCCCCUACACCUAAUCCUAACCCUAAUCUUCGUAGGGGAAAACAGGAUAGUCACAGGGAGUCAUAUUUUGACACCGGUUUCUGACAGAUUCACAAAAUUCUAGUUUACGUGUGGAGCACUCAGGAUUGUGUGUAUAGUAUGUAUGUUUAAAGUGAUUUUCAAUGUUUUUUAUGUGGUCGGCUCAUCUGUCCGGUGUUUGUAUAAAGCUACUGUACGUGAUGUGUGUCGCUCUCCAACAGUUUACUGUACGUCAGGACUUUUGUCUGCAUGAUGGACUUCAUAUUGGCAGAAUUAUAACGGCAUGCUUUGACUCUGAAGACAUGCAUGAAUCUGAAGUUUACAGUGUUUGUUCUUAAAAGGGACGAUGUGUUGAUUCACAUUAGACCACAGAUUGUCAGACUACAAUGACGGCCGCCUGUGUCGGAUGUGUUUUGUCAAAAUAUGUUUCUCUGAGGUCAGUAAUGACACAUUAUUAAUAUAUUAAUUUAAACAUUAAUUUAUUUAAAAGCAGAUCUGGAUGUUUUAUACUUUUUUUGUUGGGAUAAAAUGGUACCAUGAUUUGUGUGAUUUUAGUUUGUUUUUAUUUAUGUUUUAAACAUUUUAACAUUUUAUUAUGUUUGUAAUGUUCGUCUUGAAUACUGUUCACGUCUCUGUUUACAGUUAAGCAGUGAGAAUUAAAAUCCACUGACUGACGUGUCGUGUGAAUGAGAACACGUGAGAUUUGAUCUCGUAAAUUCAACAUCAGAUAUUUACAAACUUAACCAGACUGUUACUCAUUGGGUCAUCUCAGUGGGUCAUCUCAUUGGGUUUAUUCAAAACCACACAAUGGUCUUAAAACUUCAUUUCAGUUGAGAAAAGGUAGAAAAUAGUUUCUUGGAUUUUCGUAAAUGAUGUUGAUAUCUAAAACAUGAAGGAUUGGGAAACUCUUAGAUUAACAGAAACCCAAUCCCAUCUUUUGUUUCCCGUCCAGUUAUUGCCUUAAGAGACAUACCAACUAAUAUAUAUCACAUUCAAUAAUGAACUUUUUGUCAUAAUUGUAUCUGUUCUGUGUUCUGUUUGUGUUUAUCCAUGUGCAAUGAUAACCAAAAUGAUUGAGACGAAGCGUGCAAUAUGCUGUCAUCCCCUGAGCGUCAGCAAUACAUCUCAUUAAAACUCUUCUGUUAUUCUUGUGCCUGUCAGACCCGUCGCUUUCGUCUUUAGCUUUUCUUUAGUGCAUGUGGUCGAAAACUGAUGAGAACGUGCAAUACAUGAGAGAGAUGAUGAGGAGAGUCAGGAGAUUUUGAGGUCCACUGUUUCUUUUCAUUUUCCUUUGUUUGUCACUCGUUACUCUGAAUGUCUGAUGUUUACUCUUUAUACGACUGUGUUAAUGUCAAAAGAUUUGUAAAACUUUUUGGAAUACAACUUCGGGACAUUUUCAGUCGGUGAUUUUUCUAUUGCCAAUUUGCUCAGAUUGAUCGGUAGUUAUUAAUGGUUUUGAUAACUGUUUCCAAGAUAUUCUCCACAUAACCAACAAAUGUUCUAUCUAUCAUCUAUCUAUCAUUGAUGUAAAAUCAUUUGUGCUCUGGGCCAAAAUCUGUAUAUGAUUUAUUCAUUGAUUUCAGAUUAAUUUGUCUUGUGACUCAUGAUAACUCAUGUAAAUGACAUUGUAGUUGGAUGUGUCUUGUUUUCUGGACUGUGUGAAGGGCUGAUGUUCAUUGAGAAGAUCCGUCUGGUCUUCUCUGAAACGUGUCUUCUUCUUCACAUGUUUUGAUAAUGAUGAUGAUGAUGUGUUCAUGACUGUAAAUGUGAUGCGCUCUGCUGUUUUUGUACACGUCUGCCUCUAAUGUGCAACAUGCAUGAUGUUCCUCUUUGUACGCAUGAGCUGUUAUUAGUGUCAAUGUUUACAUGUAAAGCACAUUCGUCUUUUUUUUUCAUUUAUUAUGUUUCACAAAAUACACUAAUUUGAAUUGGAGGCUGAAAACAAUGUAUUGGCAAACCAGUUCUUUACUCUUUCUUCCUUCAAAAUUGUUUUUUGUUCUGAAUGUGUCUUGUUGUCCUCACCGAUUUGUAUGUUGUCUGUCUUUAAACUGGUCUUGCUCUUCCUCAUGUUUUUGUGCUCUUUAUGUGGCCAUUCCUCUCUCUGUCUGUUAUAUUAAAUAAUGACUGACCUGAUAUCAGAAAUGAAGAAAUGAUGUGACUAAUAUUGAUCAAAUACUGUAACAUUUACUAGAAAGUAAGGUUUUAUGUUUCUAUGUUUUCGUUCGCUUUUUUUGGAAGUAGGGCAAAAAAGUCAAGACAAAAACUAAAAGGCAGUAGAGAUUUGGAGAACAUGGCAUGUUUUUGUCUUAAGAAAAAACAAUGUAGCUGUUAGAGUUUAAGAAGAUCUUAUUGAAUAUAGAUUAUUUAUUUUAAACAUCUUGUGUCCUUGAUUGUUUUUUUUAUUCCGUGAAAUUCCACAUACCAGCUGAUAGAAAGAAAACACAUAAAUAAAUGUCUGCGUUUGUUUUCAUAUUAAAAACAAAAACAUUAUUUACUGUA